AUAAAUAGAUGUAAAUACAUAUAAUAUAUAAAUACAAAAAUGCAUAUGUAUAUUUCUAAUUACAAAAGAUCUUAAGAACAAGCAUGUACAUAUUAUAAAAUGUUUGAACUUUAAGAAUUACACUUAUAUACAUGUUUAUCACAAGUAUAUAAUUAUUAAUUGUAUGUCUAGUAAUAAUUAAUGUUGUUCUUGUUUAGGUUAUGUUGUUUAGAUCAGUAGUGACGAAACUAGGAUACACGUGCAAGAGAUGGCACGUGAACGCGAUUUACAGAUUAAAUUUAUUUUCUAAUAGAUAAAUCAUAGAUAAAAUAUUCCAGACUCUUCUCAUUUUAUAUAUAAUUUUUUCUUACACAUUAAUAUUUCGUACAUAUUAUUAUGCUGGCAAUGCUGUUUAAAUUGACACUAGUCAUUAUUGACACGUCAGAUAGUUGAUAAAUAAUAUUUGGGAAUUUUUGACAUGCGCACGUAAAAAGAUUCGACAUCGGUGGUUUAAAUUAUCACAGAACAACUUCAUAAACACGUGAUACAUAAACGGGAUUAAUUAUUCUAUUAGACUUUGAUACUUGCAUCUACACGUGUACUACCCAUACAUAUUUUACCACAUAGAGAAAGAGAUAGAGAAAUAAUAAAGUGCGCACGCGCUCACAAAUAAUGGGGUAAUUUGGAACGGGUGGUCCCCCUGAGUGGGUCCAAAGAAAAGUGUUACAAAGUUGAAUUCGUUUUCUAAGGAGAUUUAUUAACGAAUGUGAUAUCACUUAAAUAAUACAAUUAAAUUAAUUUGAUAAGAAAUAUUGAACUUUCGUUACACGCGUAAAAUUGAUAUUACGAUUUAAAAUCAAUAAAUUUAUUCGAAUUAUUAAAUAAAUGUUACACGCUAAAAAGAUUACUUACUAAUCCUCUAACCGGUAGAGAAUAUUUCGAUCGAUUUGAUAUAUACGUUUGUAUAGCUAAACAUAAUGGAAGCUUUAAUACCAGUAAUAAACAAAUUACAAGAUGUAUUUAACACCGUUGGGGCAGAUGCUAUUCAACUUCCACAAAUAGUUGUCUUAGGAACUCAGAGUUCUGGAAAGUCAUCUGUAAUAGAAAAUUUAGUAGGUCGUUCGUUCCUUCCUAGGGGAACAGGUAUAGUAACACGUCGUCCACUAAUACUUCAACUUGUAUAUACGCCAAAGGAAGACAGAGAACAUCGUAAUGCAGAAAAUGGAACAUUGGAUUUGGAAGAGUGGGGUACAUUCCUACAUACAAGAAAUAAGAUCUUUAAAGAUUUUGAUGAUAUACGUGGUGAAAUAGAAGCGGAAACAGAUCGAAUGGCAGGAGCUAAUAAAGGCAUUUGUCCGGAACCUAUCAAUCUUAAAAUUUAUUCAAUGUCUGUUGUUAAUUUAACGCUUAUAGACUUGCCUGGUAUUACCAAAGUGCCAGUAGGAGAUCAACCUGAAGAUAUUGAAAACCAAAUUCGUCAACUUGUAUUGAAAUACAUAUGUAAUCCUAAUUCUAUCAUUUUAGCAGUUGUUACUGCUAAUACAGAUAUGGCCACAAGUGAAAGUUUGAAACUUAGUAAAGAUGUUGAUCCAGAUGGUAGACGUACUCUUGCUGUUGUUACAAAAUUAGAUCUCAUGGAUGCAGGAACAGAUGCGAUAGACAUAUUGUGUGGUAGAGUAAUUCCUGUCAAGCUUGGAAUUAUUGGAGUUGUUAAUCGUUCGCAACAGGACAUAAUGAGUAAUAAAAGUAUUCGGGAUGCAUUGAAAGAUGAAGCUGUAUUUUUACAACGUAAAUAUCCAACAUUAGCUAAUAGAAAUGGAACACCUUAUUUAGCUAAAACGCUUAAUCGAUUACUCAUGCAUCAUAUACGAGAUUGUUUGCCAGAAUUGAAGACAAGAGUUAACGUGAUGGUGUCGCAAUUUCAAACAUUACUUUCUUCUUAUGGAGAAGAUGUUGGAGAUAAAAGUCAAACUUUAUUGCAAAUUAUUACGAAAUUUGCAAGCAGUUAUUGUUCUACUAUCGAAGGAACUGCUAGAAAUAUUGAAACUACUGAGUUAUGUGGUGGCGCACGGAUAUGUUAUAUAUUUCAUGAAACAUUUGGAAGAACGCUUGACUCUAUCCACCCUCUUGCUGGUCUCACCAAGAUCGAUAUUUUAACUGCUAUACGAAAUGCAACUGGCCCAAGACCAGCACUUUUUGUGCCCGAGGUGUCUUUUGAAUUAUUAGUUAAACGACAAAUAAGAAGGCUGGAAGAACCUUCUUUACGAUGUGUUGAACUUGUACAUGAAGAAAUGCAAAGGAUUAUACAACAUUGUGGCACUGAAGUACAACAAGAAAUGUUACGAUUUCCUAAAUUACAUGAAAGAAUUGUUGAUGUUGUUACGCACUUGUUACGAAGACGUCUCCCUACUACCAAUCAGAUGGUAGAAAAUUUGGUUGCUAUAGAAUUAGCAUAUAUCAAUACCAAACAUCCAGAUUUUCAUAAAGAUGCAGCAUUUGUUUCUUCGUUAUUGAAAAAUACAGAUAUAGAUAAAUAUAAUAGAAAAGUACCUUGUACUAGCAGCAACUCUGUGUCUGGAAUUGCAAUACCUACUGAAAAUAACGUAAAAUUGACCAAUAGUCAAGAUGAGUUGACAUCUUUUUCUGAGCAGAAUAAAAAGAUGCAUGCGCAACAAAAUCAUUGGUUACUGAGUAAUUUAUUACCGCAAGAAAGGACAGAAUCUGUUACGUCUGCUGAAGGAUCUCCAAUUAGAACUUCGGGAAAUAUUUCUCCUCAACCAAAUUUGAUGCUUGACGUACAGAAAUCAUCGCCACAACAAAAGCCAGUAAAUUUACUCCCUGAAGUGCCAAUGCAAACAUCGCGUAAACUAAGUGAACGAGAGCAACGAGACUGUGAUGUUAUUGAGCGACUUAUUAAAUCAUACUUUUAUAUCGUACGAAAGUCUAUACAAGAUAGUGUACCCAAAGCAGUGAUGCAUUUCCUAGUCAACUUUGUAAAGGAUAAUUUACAAAGUGAACUUGUAACUCAUUUAUAUAAAUCAGAUCAAGCCGAAGCAUUGUUGAACGAGAGUGAACAUAUUGCUAUUAGACGAAAAGAAGCAAGUGAUAUGCUAAAGGCAUUGACUCAAGCAGGUCAUAUUAUCAGUGAAAUUCGCGAGACGCACAUGUGGUAAUAGUUUAAAUAAUAAACCACAAUAGCAUCAGAUUAUAGAUUAAAAUAGGUAUUAUUAUUGUGUUUGGAUAGAUAAGUCAAUGAAUGCAACUUAUGUAUAUGCUAAAACACUGCACAAAAUUUUUAUUCUUCAUGCAAACGAAAUUUCUAGAACAAUGAAGUAAUAAUUUUUGUCAUCCCAGACAUUAUAUAAAUUUUUAAUAUGUGAUGAGCAUAAAUUAUGCACUACUUUGCUGUAUAUACAUCUGAGAUUGUUUAGAUACCAUAAAAUGGAAAUAUUAUGCUCAAUAUUAUCAGUGUUGUGUGAUGUCAAGCAUGUACUUACAAACAAAAUUUAUGCAUUUUUCAUUUUCUUUAGUAAUUUAAUAUAAUAUUAUACAAUUGGUACAAUGUCAUU